AUGGAUGUCAAUUUAUUACAAGACAUGAAGCCACCAGGGGUUUCUUCGCGAAUGGAUGUUUGUUCUAAUAAUGUAUUGAUGAAUGAAGAAAUUACUGUUAAGGAAGAAAAUAAUAAAAAGAAAUGUACAACAACAAAUGCAGCUAAUGCGAGAAUUAUAACUGAAAUCUCUUCUUUACAUGAUAAUGAUAGUGAUCUAUUGGCAAGUCUCCCAAAAGCUGAAGUUAAAUUGAAGAAAUUAGAUGAAACCAAAUUACUUAUGGACAAUAAUGAGAAUUCUCUAAGUGUCGAUACGCUCAUUGAAAUUUUAUCGUCGUCAAACAGCGAUUCGAAGCUACCGAUACUUGAUAAUAUUAAAAGUGAACUAUGUGAAGAAAAUGGAAGUGAAAAUAUCAUUGUGCCACCACUUUCGUCCGCUCCAUCCACAUUAAGUUCUCCUUCGUCUUCGUCCUCAUCGAAAGCUGGUUUUAGUAGUCCAAAUACAAGUGAAACAGUUCCGUCAUGUAAAUCUGGUCCAUCACCCAAACCCUAUAUUUCACCCAAAAAAUUUCCUAGUCCUUAUUCAAAUGGUGGUAAGCCAAUGAUGGCUGAUUUAAAUAAAAAGAUGAAGCAAGUAUCGAGAAGACGAUCGAAACCAAAAGCUGUGUAUCAAAGUCAAAUUAGUGAUAAUGCAGUUGGCAUAAAAUUGUGUAUUAAAAAAUCAAUUAAUACUUUUAAAGCGGUGCCAUCGCCAAACAGUAAAUCACCGUCACCAAGAAAACGAUCGCGAAAAUCAAAAUCACAAACGUCAAAAGGAAAGGAAAAAGGAUGUGAGAGUGAUAGUGAUGAUUCUUAUGUGAAAAGAAGAAAGAAACCAUCAACAAUGAAUAACAAUAAUAGUAAUAAAAAUUCAUUUGAGGAGCCCAUUGAGCAGUCGGGAUGGGGAAAAUUAAUUCCAACAGAAGUACUUUCUGAGAUUUUCAAAAUGGCAAUUAAAGAAGAAGGAGCUAUUCCAACAGCAUGUCGAUUAACCAGAGUUUGCUCGCUUUGGCGAGAAGUGUCAUUAGAUACGAAACUUUGGCGUAGUGUAGAUUUAAGUACAUACUUUAAGGAGAAGAAUCGCACAGAACUGAGAUUAAAAUGGUUCAUUGAGAAUCGUUUGAUUGAUACGGAAGAACUGAAUAUAAGUUUUUGGAAAGUGACAAAUACUCUCGUUGUGCUCAUGAAAUUGAAAGAAAGUUGCUCUGGCCUCAUAAGUAUAGCGCUGAAUGGAUGGAGGGCAUUAUCAUCUGAUGAUCUUAAUUAUCUCACAGAAAAUUUCCCUAAAUUAGCAAGAUUAGACUUAAGUUCUAUAAAUACGGAAAUGAAUACCAGUAAAACUGCUGUGGGCCUUCAAUCACUCGUCAACGCAAUAGAAAAAAUGAAAGAACGUCUUACGCAUUUAAAUUUAGCUGAUAAUCGACUGUCUGGAGUCCCACAAAUAACGCAAGCACUAACGACCUUUAGUCCGAACUUAAUCUUACUUGAUUUAUCAAAUGUUAAAACAGUAGCUGUAUCACACGGUAUGUUGUAUGUUGAAAAACUCCAAGAAGGAUGUCAGAAAUUGAAAAUUCUUCGAAUCGCCAAUUCACAUAUACAAUUAUCAAAUGCAAGUCUCCAGGAACAGAUGGCAUCGCCUGGAUUUCCAGAUCUCGAAGAAUUAUCUGUUGCAUCACUAAUGGAUGAAUCUCGAUUAAUGAGUGACGAAGCUCUUCAGCGAAUAUUAAAAUCCAGCACAAAAUUAAAAUUAUUAGACGUAAGGGGAUGUGCGAGACUAACACACGAUAGUUUAAUUCGAAUACCUGCGUGGGAUUUAAAGCAUCUCUUUCUAUCUGGUUGUUCUGUAACGAGAGAUGUUGGAUCUGGCCUUGAACUUAUAGCAAGUAAAUGGGCUCACAGUUUAAUUGAAUUUGACCUCGCAUGGGCAACAGUUCAAAUACCACUUGAUAAUGCUUUACGUGCAUUAGCUGAUAAACGAGAUGAAAGUCCUUUGAACCAUUUAAACCUUUGUGGAUCAGCAGUGUCAGUGGAAGCUGUAAAAGAAAUCUUGGAUCAUUGUAAAAAUCUCAAUUCUAUAAAUCUCUCAUCAUGUCGUGGUCUGCCGCGUGGAAUAAAGCGACUUCUUCAAGGCUCUGUUGAGCUUAGUGAGUUGAGAGAAAAUUUAAAAAAUGAAAACUAA